AUGAAGAUUCCUACCCAAGAAGAGGUCGAAACCGCGAAAUUCCUAACCCAAAACAAAACUAUGAAAUUUAAGCAACUUCCGAUCUCUCCAGACCCUGUAGACUUUGUUAUCAAGCAGUACGAGAACGUCUUCAACGUCUGUGAGCACGAAUCAAUCAGUUCGAAACAGUCAAACUAA